AAAAAACAAAAAACAAAAAAAGAGAAGAUUCUCUUCUGUGUGUAGAUGCUUCUUCUUCUUCUUCUUCAUCUUCGACUUCUCCUCUAGAAAUAAAUAUCUCACUCUCUUCGUUCUUUUUUUAAUCAACGAUGGCUGCUUCUUCUACUUUCUCAUCACUACUACGUUCACCACCGUCACUUCUUUCCGACCACCGUUCUCCUCCGCCGUCUAUCAGAUCCUCUUUCUCUCCCUCUCCAGUUCCCAGAUCGUCUCGUUUGAGUUUCACUCUACCAUCAGACAAGAGAAACCUCGCCGCGAAUUCUUCUCUCGUUGAGGUUUCUAUCGGCGGCGACCGAGACCCACCACCACCGUCAUCUGGAUCAGGAGGAGAAGACAAGCAAAUUGCAUUACUCAAACUCAAUUUACUUAGUGCAGUGUCGGGAUUAAACAGAGGACUUGUGGCGAGUGUUGAUGAUUUACAAAAAGCAGAGGAAGCUGCUAAAGAACUUGAAACUGCUGCUGGACCUGUUGAUUUAACUGAUGAUCUUGAUAAGCUCCAAGGGAAAUGGAGGUUAUUGUAUAGCAGUGCCUUCUCGUCUCGGUCUUUAGGUGGUAGCCGUCCUGGAUUACCCACUGGUCGUUUGAUCCCUGUCACUCUUGGUCAGGUGUUUCAACGGAUUGAUGUGUUUAGCAAAGAUUUCGAUAACAUAGCAGAGGUGGAACUAGGUGCUCCUUGGCCGUUUCCUCCAUUAGAAGCCACAGCAACAUUGGCACAUAAAUUUGAACUCUUAGGCACUUGCAAGAUCAAGAUAACAUUUGAGAAAACAACUGUGAAAACCUCGGGUAACUUAUCGCAGAUUCCUCCAUUUGACAUCCCAAGGCUUCCCGACAGUUUCCGGCCGUCGUCAAACCCUGGAACUGGGGAUUUUGAGGUCACUUAUGUCGAUGAUACCAUGCGCAUAACUCGCGGGGACAGAGGUGAACUUAGGGUAUUUGUCAUUGCUUAAUUCUCAAGCGUUGAUAUGUAAAAAGAAAAACAAAAAAACUGCUUCUAGCAGCCUCAUGAGUUUUUGUACAAAUCAUGUGAACAGAUACUAAAGCAAGCAUUUUAUGUAGAAUCAUGUGAGUGUCUGGUUGAAUAUAUCAUAGGGAUCAA